AUGCGAAUUGCAAAGGAUGUUGAGCCGUAUCGAAGUGGCAAUGUUCCCCUCAGUUAUCGGGGCUUAAAGGACAUCUCUAAACCUCAAGAGACUUCCACAGAGGUUGCGGGUAAUAGUUUGGUGUUCGGCAGAAUCGGAACGACCAAUUCACAUUUUGAAGUGAUCCGUGGUCGCCAGCCUCCCCCAGCCUCCCUCUCAGUGGCCCGUGGUCGCCAGCCUCUCUCAGCUUCUCUCUUCGUGGCCCGUGGUCGCCAGCCUCUCUCAGCUUCUCUCUUCGUGGCCCGUGGUCGCCAGCCUCCCCCAGCCUCCCUCUCAGUGGUUCGUGGUCACCAGCCUCUUUCAGCUUCUCUCUUUGUGGCCCGUGAUCGUCAGCCUCCCCCAGCCUCCCUCUUCGUGGCCCGUGAUCAUCAGCCUCCCCCAGCCUCCCUUUCAGUGGCCCGUGAUCGUCAGCCUCCCCCAGCCUCCCUCUUCGUGGCCCGUGAUCAUCAGCCUCCCCCAGCCUCCCUCUCAGUGGUUCGUGGUCACCAGCCUCUUUCAGCUUCUCUCUUUGUGGCCCGUGAUCGUCAGCCUCCCCCAGCCUCCCUCUUCGUGGCCCGUGAUCGUCAGCCUCCCCCAGCCUCCCUCUUCGUGGCCCGUGAUCGUCAGCCUCCCCCAGCCUCCCUCUCAGUGGCCCGUGAUCGUCAGCCUCCCCCAGCCUCCCUCUCAGUGGCCCGUGAUCGUCAGCCUCCCAGCCUCCCAGCCUCCCUCUCCGGGCGCCGCUUUUCCACCAGAAUCUUGUUUGUGUUUUCUAGAGAAGCUAAAGAGUUUGUUGUUGGUGCCCCGACUGCGGCGAGUGUGGCAGUGUAUAUGUACGAAUCUGGGCACCAAACACCGGAAAUCUUGUUAACUGCCUAA